CACCGUUCUCGUGGUGUUCGUGAAUCCAAUGACAAGUUACUUAGUUUUGACUAAAAGUUUGAAAUGGCCACAUGUUGAACAGAACAUUGGUGAAUGUCUGAUUCUCCGUGUAAUUUCGGGGUCAAAUUAACAUCGAAACAAAAUGGUUCACGACGAUUUGAGAGUGGAGUGGGUUCGACAGAGAGUUUGUGCCGGCUUCAAUUUGAACGACGAAUGCUUCGACGAACUUCUGAGUCGUGAAGAUGGAGAAGAAGAGCAGAAAAUAAUUCGCUUUUUGAACGUUGUGUCUGAGGAGGAGUCGCCAUCGUGUAUCCUGUUUUUCAAAGCCAUUCGAGAGGAGGAAAUUGAAGUGGAAAUACCUGUCGAAAGGACGGAAGAUGGAGACUCAUCAGAUCCUGAAAAUAACACCUGGAUCCAAAGUGGAGCAGAGAUAACUUCAGUCACAGAGGAGACGGAUGAAGGACGUCCCAGCCAUAGGAUUGAGGUCCAGGUUGUCUAUCACAUUGAGCUUCAUGUCGCAGUAAACAGUUACCCAGAGAGAUUUCUGAAAUCCACUGUCUUCUACUUCAUCAGGAACAUAAACGAGACCAUUGUUGAACCACUGGACAUGACUGAGGCAAACAUCUUGAUGCCCAGGCUGUUUGACAUUGGCAUGCACAGUGGACACCCGCUGUUUGUGCUGCAGAGCAAACUUGCAAAUGUCUAUAUACCCUUGUUAACUGUGCACCAGAUGAAGAUAACAGGUGCAGGUUAUCAAAGUGAGUCAGUGUCCUCUCAGGAGAGCACUGGAGGACAUGGAGACGAGAGUUCAGCGAAGUCAAGCCGUGGAGUCCCAAUGCGUGAUGAGCUGCUCAACAGGACACACAAGUUCUUGGGUCUGAUCAACACGUCUCUGCAGCACCUACAGAUACAAGAUGAGUUUACUCUUCACAUCCCUGAGCUUGACCUGAAGCCAGACGUGGAUGUGCUCCUCUCUAAUCCAGAGAUGUUAGAGAUGUUGGAGCAGUGUGUGAUGAACUGGCAGACUCAGAUUACAAUUUUUAUGGAGGAGCAGCAAAACAAAAAGCCCCAGGCACCCAGCCCUAUGGCUGAGAUCGCUUUUUGGCAGGAGCGUGCGUCCAUCCUGAGCGCUCUGAGUGAGCAGCUCAAGCAGCCACCGGUGAAGAAAAUCUUGGAGGUGAUGACCAAAGCAGAUGCCGGCAUUGUUCAGACCCUGGAGGGAACUGUUGCUGAACUUAAUAAAUACUGUGUUGAGUCGGACGAUAAUUUACGUUUCCUCAGCACACUGGAAAGACACUUCAUGAAUCUGGCAACUGGAUCAAAUUUUAGUGUGCUCCUGGACACGAUUUCUCCCCUGAUGGACAGCCUGCAAAUAGUGUGGAUAAUUUCUCGCCACUACAACACAAACGAACGUAUGGUUCCUCUCAUGGAGCGAAUCGCCUGGCAGCUGUGUGAGCGUGUGUCUCAAGUCGUCGAUGUCAACACGAUGUUCAAAGAAAAGAGGGAAGUGGCCAAAUCUAAGGUGCAUGAUGCUAAACAGGUUCUGGACCAGUGGAAGUCAUCCUACUUUGAAGUGCGUGCAGAAAUUGAAGAAUCAGGAAGAGGUCCACGCUGGGAAUUUGACCGCAAGAGGCUGUUUGAGAGGACAGAUUACAUGGCGUCUAUCUGCCAAGAUCUAUACAAUGUUUUGCAGAAUUUGGAAGAGUUCUACAACAUCUUUGGCCCAGAGUUGAAAGGUGUGACCCGUGACCAAAAGCGCAUUGAUGAAGUGCUGUGCAGGGUGGACAGUCUCGCUUCGCCUAUCGAGGAGGUCCGUUUUAAUCCUUUUGACAUGUGCAAGAGGAGCAGCUGGAAAAUGAUCAUGCAAGAUUUUGACUCGACAGCUCAGGCUAUUGAAGGAGAGGCAAUCAGCUUCAUCGAUCAGUCUUUUAGGACGCUGCGCUCUUCGGCCGCUGCCUUUGACAUGCUCCUGAAAUUCAAACACAUCCGCUCAAGACAGGCCAUCAGUCACCAUUUGAUGAGAAAGUUUAAUGACAUACUGGCUCAGUUUUGCAAAGAGGUGGACAGAAUAGAUGAAAUAUUUAAGACAAACAAGGUUAAACCACCGCUCAGUAAAAAUGAGCCUCCUGUGGCCGGAUCAAUCCGAUGGGUCCGAUCUCUUCUCUACCGCAUCAAACACACCAUCCUUCCUUUCCUGGAAGUGCCGGAGAUGCAGGAGAGUGAAAAGUGGAAAGUGGCCAAGGACAAGUAUACACAAGUGGCGUUGCAGUUCAGGGACUAUGAGGCGAAAAAGUAUGAGCAGUGGCUGGCUGAGACUGAGCAGAACUUGCCGUUGCUGAUGAAGAAAAAUCUGUUGGUCGUGAUUACCCCCGAAAUCCACAUUCUGUUAGAACCAGCUGUCUCUGAGGACGGCCCAGCUUCUGACAGCAGCAUACAGCAGGGAGCACGAUUCUUUGUGAACUUUGCUCCGGAGAUCAGGGAAAUCAUUUCCGAGACCAACAACCUUGGGUCACUGGGUUACCCUGUUCCUGAUGUUGCUCAAAAUGUUGCUCUGCAAAAGCACAAAUUUAUCAGGUAUGUUGAUGACCUCAACAACCUUGUUAACUGCUACCACUCUGUAAUGGACAGCCUGAGUGAGCCAAAGAUCAUUAUGCUGGCUCAACACAUCAGAGCGGUCAAAGAAGUGAUGCAUUCUGGGUGCAAAAGAAUCAACUGGUACUCCUUGGGUAUUCCCAGUUUCAUCAAACAAGGCUUUCAGGUUGUGUCUAAGUUUGAGUCAGUCGUCAAUCAGAUUCAGAAGAACGAAACGGAAAUGGAUUCCAAGUUGCAGUCCAUGGUCAUGGCCAACCUGACGAAAUUUCCAGUCCCAGAUGAGUCACACGACUUACCAGGUGUCAAGGAGUUCUGUGAGCGUAUUGAGCGAGAGCGGGCGAAAACUGUGAAUCUACUGAGCAGGAAGUAUGUGGACAUUGGACCCCUCAUCACAAAAACAGAACAUCUCAUCAUGGAAACCAGCAGUGGUAAAGCAACAUGUAUGACCGAAUAUUACACGUACUGGGAACGCAAGGUGUUGGACUCACUUGUGAAGAUGGCGCUGAGGAGCAUUCAGGCCUUCAACAGUGCACUGAUGGGAAGCACUGAGCUUUUCCAAGUUGAUGCCAUCCUGUCUGCUCCUAAGAUUGUGUUACAGCCCCAAAGCAAAGAGAUCUACUGGCUGCUCAUGCAGUGUGUCAGAGACUGUGUAGAGAGCACCAAGCAAUUUGUGCGUUGGAUGCGUGGGACGUGCAUCGAGUGCCCUCCACAGCGUGUGGGAGGGGAAGAUGAAUUGGUGACAUUUAGCUUCUACAGUGACGUGUGCCAGCAUCCUCAGGUUAAUGAGAGUGCCAUGACGGUGUCCCAGAACAUCCAGCGGCUGCUCCUCUCCGUGGAUCGCUACCUGAACCACUGGAAGCGCUAUCGGCCUCUUUGGGAAAAGAACAAACUGAUCAGCAAUGAGAAAUUUGCAGAGAGAAAGCCGUCCUGCGUCAUGUACGACGAUAAGCUGCAGUUCCUUUCUCGCAUCAGACAGGAGGUGAUGUCAGAGCAGCUUUUCAAGACGGAUCACGUCAUCUAUCUAAACCUGGAGCCUCUGGUUCACACGGUGCAGAAGACUGUUGAGUCCUACAUCAGUUCACUAGGCAGCCUGCUCAAUAAGCCCACCAAAGAGGAUCUCUUCAAUUUAAGAGAUGAACUCAUGCAUCUUUCUGCAAAGCUGAAGCAAAGUCCUGACACGUUUGAAGACCUGAAGUCUGUCCUUGGUACCAUCUCAGACAUCAGAGACAUGUCUUUCGAUGUGGAGAUGAGAAUCGUUGAUAUCAAGGAAAGAUACAGAACACUGGCAAUGUACAAAGUGGAGGUUGUAGAGGACGAACUUGAGCUGUUGGCAGGUGUUGACCAGAUGUGGAGUGACUUGUUCAGAGAAUCCAGACAAGUCGACAAGAGUUUGACAAAUGUGAAGAAAUCAUUUACUCAGACUACAAUGGAAAAUAUUGAAGAGUUUCAGCAGGAGGUGUCUAUCUUUGCUGAAAGCUUCAGCAUGCAUGGACCUGGAGCUGUGGGAGAUGAUCUUGACAAAGGACUGAAUAUUUUGGGGAAAUAUGAAGCAGACCUCGUCAAGAUAAUGGCAGGAUGGCAGGAGUUAUCUAAUGCUGAGAAGCUGUUGGACCUGCAAGUCACUGUGUACCCAGAGGUUAUCAACAUGCAGAAGGAUAUGAAGAACUUGAGACAAAUAUAUGACUUGUAUAAAGCUCAGAAGGACGCAAAGGCAGAGUGGUCUGAGACCUUGUGGGUGGAUUUAAACCUCCAGCUACUGCAGGACGGCGUUGAGGGUUUCAUCAAAAGGUUGCGACAGCUGCCCAAAGAUGUACGAGGAUUACCUGUGGCCUUCUUCCUGGAGGGACGAAUGAAGGAGUUCAGAGAGUCUCUGCCUCUUCUGUUGGACCUGAAGAAUGAGGCCCUCAGAGACAGACACUGGAAGGAACUAAUGGAAAAGACGGGCACUGCCUUUGAGAUGAACACAGACAGCUUCACUCUGGAGAACAUGUUUGCUAUGGAGUUGCAUAAAUAUGCCAAUGUUAUAGGUGACAUUGUCACCUCUGCUGUAAAAGAGCUCAGCAUUGAGAAGGGAGUGAAGGAGGUGGUGGAGACCUGGGAAAACCUGAAGUUCAGUGUGCAGCCAUAUUUUAAAGGGUCUCAGGAACGUGGAUCUAUUCUGGGCGCGGUGGAUGAGAUUCUGCUGAAUCUGGAAAAUGAUACCAUGAAUCUGCAGAGCAUGGCAGGCAGUCGAUUUGUUGGACACUUCCUUAUCACCAUACAGCAACUGGAAAAAGACCUGUCCCUUAUUUGUGAAGCGAUAGAGGUAUGGUUGCUGGUACAGCGAAAAUGGAUGUACCUGGAGAGCAUAUUCAUUGGUGGAGACAUUCGCUCACAGUUACCUGAAGAAGCCAAGAAAUUUGACAACAUUGACAAAAAGUUUAAAGAAAUAAUGAGUGACACAGUGAGGAGUCCAAACAUUAAACGAUGUUGCCUGGUUCCCAACCGGCUGACAGAGCUGCAGGCUCUGAGUGAUGGUCUGGAGAAGUGCCAGAAGAGUCUGAGUGACUACCUGGACUCUAAACGUAACACAUUCCCACGCUUCUUCUUCAUCUCUGAUGAUGAACUGCUCAGCAUUCUGGGCAGCAGUGACCCUGCCUGUGUCCAGGAACACAUGAUCAAGAUGUAUGACAAUAUAGCGUCCCUGAGGUUUGAUGUGGAAAGCAACGGGGAGACGGUAGCUGGAGCCAUGGUGUCUGCUGAGGGUGAGGUGAUGGAGCUGAGGAAGCCCGUCCCAGUGGAGGGCAGAGUGGAGGAGUGGAUGACAGGAGUAUCACUGGAGAUGAGGAGGACCAAUAGGCUGAUUACAAAAGAAGCAAUCUUCCACUACUGUGAAGACAGGAGCAGGGUGGACUGGAUGUUGCUUUACCAGGGUAUGAUGGUUUUAGCUGCCAAUCAAGUGUGGUGGACCUGGGAGGUAGAGGACAUCUUUAAAAAGGUGAAGGGAGGGGAGAAGCUCGCACUGAAGAACUACGCUAAGAAAAUGCACCGGCAGAUCGACGAGCUGGUGACACGAAUAACACAACCGAUGAAGAAAAACGACAGACGGAAGCUCAACACAGUGCUCAUCAUUGAUGUACACGCGAGAGAUAUUGUGGACAGCUUUGUUCUCAACAGUAUUAUGGACGCACAAGAGUUUGAGUGGGAAAGCCAACUACGGUUCUACUGGCUCCAGGAACAAGACGACCUGUUUGUGCGUCAGUGCAGCGCUUCGUUCUCGUAUGGAUAUGAAUACAUGGGGUUGAAUGGUCGACUGGUUAUAACCCCGCUGACGGACAGGAUCUACCUCACACUCACACAGGCCCUCUCCAUGUAUCUUGGUGGAGCUCCUGCUGGACCAGCUGGUACGGGAAAGACGGAGACCACCAAAGAUCUGGCCAAGGCUUUAGGCCUGCUCUGUGUGGUCACUAACUGUGGUGAGGGCAUGGACUACAUGGCUGUGGGUAAGAUCUUCUCUGGCCUUGCUCAGUGUGGAGCCUGGGGCUGCUUUGAUGAGUUUAAUCGUAUCGAUGCCUCGGUGUUGUCAGUCAUCUCCUCCCAAAUCCAGACCAUUCGCAAUGCUCUCAUUCUGCAGCUUAAAAGGUUUCAUUUUGAAGGGCAGGAAAUCAGCCUGGACAACCGCAUGGGGAUUUUCAUCACCAUGAACCCGGGUUAUGCAGGACGCACAGAGCUGCCAGAAUCUGUGAAAGCUCUCUUCAGACCUGUGGUGGUCAUAGUGCCCGACCUGCAGCAGAUCUGUGAGAUCAUGCUCUUCUCUGAGGGGUUCCUAAUGGCCAAGGUGCUGGCAAAGAAGAUGACAGUACUGUAUAAGCUGGCUCGUGAGCAGUUGUCCAAGCAGUCUCAUUACGACUUUGGCCUGCGAGCUCUGAAGUCUGUGUUAGUGAUGGCGGGAGAACUGAAGAGAGACUCACCAGACCUCAGUGAGGAUGUGGUGUUGAUGCGUGCUCUCAGGGACAUGAACCUUCCCAAGUUUGUGUUCGAGGAUGUGCCUCUGUUCCUCGGGCUGAUCUCAGACCUGUUCCCUCAGCUCGACUGCCCUCGCGUUUGCUAUCCCAAGUUUAACGAUGCUGUGGAACAGAUACUGCAGGAGGACAAAUAUGUCAUACUGGCCAACCAGGUGGAUAAAGUGGUGCAACUCUAUGAGACAAUGAUGACCAGACACACUACCAUGGUUGUGGGACCAACUGGUGGAGGGAAAUCUGUUGUCAUCAGAACAUUAUGUCAAGCUCAGACCAGAAUGGGAUUGCAAACCAAGGUAUACCCCCUUAACCCUAAAGCCAUGAGUGUCAUUGAACUGUAUGGUGUUCUGGACCCUGACACCCGAGACUGGACCGAUGGCAUCUUAUCCAACAUCUUCCGUGACAUCAACAAGCCGACUGACAAAGAAGAACGAAGGUACAUCCUGUUUGAUGGUGAUGUGGACGCUCUGUGGGUAGAAAACAUGAACUCAGUGAUGGAUGACAACAAGCUCCUCACGCUGGCCAAUGGAGAACGAAUACGUUUACAGAGUCACUGUGCCCUGCUGUUUGAGGUUGGAGAUCUCCAGUAUGCUUCCCCUGCUACUGUUUCUCGCUGUGGCAUGGUUUUUGUUGACCCCAAAAACCUGCGAUACACCCCAUACUGGCAGAGAUGGCUGAACAUCAGAUCUGAAAGGGAACAAGAAGUGCUUAACAGACUGUUUGAGAAAUAUGUGCACAGUUGUAUCGACAUGAUUGUGGACGGCAUUGUUGAUGGCAAACAGGGCCAGAAACUGAAGACUGUUGUCCCACAGACUGAUCUUAACAUGGUGACUCAGCUAUGCUUGACAUUGGAUGCGCUGCUUGAGUCUGAGAGCAACAGUGCUGAAGUUCUGGAAUGUUUCUUCCUGGAAGCUCUGUACUGCUCACUGGGGGCCACAUUGCUGGAGAGUGGCAGGAUCGUGUUUGAUGAGCACAUCAAAAGACUUUCCUGCUUAACUGUGGUGCAUGAUGAGAAAGCCCUGGCUGGACCCGGGGAGAUUCCAGGAUACCUGCCAACUCUAUAUGAUUUCCAUUUUGAUGGAACACAGGAGAAGUGGGUUCCUUGGAGUUCCUUUGUCACCAAAUACAUUCAUAACCCUGAAAUGAAGUUUUCUGAUAUUCUAGUGCCAACUAUUGACACUACAAGAGCCAGUUGGAUCCUGGAACAGAUGGUGAAGAUAAAGCAGCCCGUGCUUCUAGUUGGCGAGUCUGGCACUUCCAAGACCGCUACCAUUCAUAACUUCCUUAAAAACCUCACUGCAGAUGCAACGAUCACUAUGAUCAUCAACUUCUCCUCCAGAACAACGUCAAUGGACGUGCAGAGGAACCUGGAAGCCAAUGUGGAGAAAAGGACCAAAGAGAUCUACGGACCUCCUAUGGGAAAGAGACUGCUGAUCUUUAUGGAUGACAUGAAUAUGCCAAAGGUGGAUGACUAUGACACACAACAGCCUAUUGCACUUCUGAAGCUCUUGCUGGAUCGAGGGGGCAUCUAUGACCGGGGAAAGGAGCUGAACUACAAAGUCCUCAAGGACCUUGGCUUUAUUGCUGCCAUGGGAAAAGCAGGAGGUGGGAGGAACGAGGUGGAUCCCCGCUUCAUCUCACUCUACAGUGUCUUCAGCAUGCCCUUCCCUUCAUUGGAGUCACUUCACCUCAUCUACGCUUCGAUUAUCAAAGGACACACAGUACCGUUUGAGGAUGCCAUACAGAAGGUCUGUGAUAAAGUCACCUUCUGCACGCUGGAACUGUACAACAGCAUCAUCAGAGAUUUGCCACCAACUCCUUCCAAGUUCCACUACAUUUUUAACCUGAGGGACCUGUCAAGAGUCUACAGUGGACUAAUCCUCACCAAACCAGACAGGUUUUUGACCGUCACCCAAUUUGUGCGAGUCUGGAGAAAUGAGUGCCUGAGAAUCUUCCAUGACAGACUCAUUGAUGAGACUGACAAAGCCUUGGUCCAAGGUCACAUAAAGAACCUGAUUGAGGAGCAUUUUAAGUCGGACAUGGAGGCAGUCAUCAGGGACCCAAUUCUUUUUGGAGACUACAGGAAUGCCCUCAGUGAGAGUGAACCAAGGGUCUAUGAGGACAUACAGGACUAUGAUGCUUCAAAAGCCCUGUUUCAGGAAAUUUUAGAAGAAUACAAUGAGAACAAGUCAAGGAUGAACUUGGUGCUGUUUGAUGACGCUCUGGAACAUCUGACUCGGGUGCACCGCAUUAUCCGUGUCGAUCGUGGCCAUGCUCUGCUCGUCGGCGUGGGGGGUUCUGGCAAACAGUCCCUCACCCGGCUCGCUGCCUUCACCGCCGGCUGUGAGAUGUUUGAAAUCACACUCAGCAGAGGUUAUAGUGAGUCAAACCUCCGUGAGGACCUGAAGACACUGUACUGGAAGCUUGGUAUUGAAAAUAAAAAGAUGGUGUUCCUCUUUACUGAUGCCAAUGUUGCAGAGGAAGGUUUCUUGGAACUCAUCAACAACAUGCUCACUUCAGGCAUCGUCCCUGCAUUGUUCCCUGACGAUGAGAAGGAGUCCAUUGUCAACCAGCUUCGUGAUGAGGCUCUAAAGACGGGAGCGGCUCCUUCUAAAGAAAGCGUGUGGCAGCACUUUGUUAACAAGAGUGCCAACAAUCUACAUAUUGUUUUAGGCAUGUCUCCUGUGGGAGACACCCUGAGGACACGCUGUAGGAACUUCCCAGGACUGAUGAACAACACUGUAAUAGACUGGUUCCUGCCAUGGCCCCAACAGGCAUUACAUGCAGUGGCUCAGACUUUCCUUGGUGAAAGUCAAAUGAUUCCUGAGGCUCACACUGCAGAUGUGAUAGCUCAUGUCUGUAUGGUUCACACCUGUGUGGGCGACUACAGCAAAAUAUUCCUCCAGAAACUGAGACGCAGUAACUAUGUCACUCCAAAGAACUACUUGGAUUUCAUUAAUACCUAUUCUAAACUCCUGGAGGAGAAAGACCAGGACAUCCUGGGUCAGUGCAAGCACUUAGAAGGAGGUUUGGACAAACUGAAGGAGGCCAGCGAGCAGCUCGCUGAGCUUAAUGUCAAGCUGGCAGAGCAAAAGGUGGUACUCGCUGAGAAGUCAACCGCUUGUGAAACACUGUUGGAUGAGAUUGCCACAAACACCACAGUGUUACGAGCCACUUGUCAACAACUUUCCCUUCCAGCCGAGGAGAAAAAGACACUGGCAGAAGACAAAGCUAAAGAGAUCGAAGAGCAAAACAAAGUGAUCGCUGUUGAGAAGAAAGAAGCUGAAAGUUCUCUGGCUGAGGCUCUGCCAGCGUUAGAGGCCGCGCGCAAUGCCCUGCAGGACCUAGAAAAAUCUGAUGUCACAGAGAUCCGAUCCUUUGCCAAGCCACCCAAGCAGGUACAGGUGGUUUGUGAGUGCAUACUGGUGCUUCGGGGCCACAAGGAGAUCAGUUGGCAGUCAGCCAAGGGGAUGAUGUCCGAGGCAAACUUCUUGCGAUCGCUGAUGGAAAUGGACUGCGAUGGCAUAAGUAACAACCAGGUCAGGACAGUCAAAGGCUUCCUGAAAAACCUCCAGACGAGCCUUGAGGAGAUGCAGGCCAUCAGUAGAGCUGGUUCAGGAAUGCUCAAGUUUGUCGAGGCCAUCAUUGGUUACUGUGAGGUUUCAAGGGAGAUAAAACCCAAGAGAGAGAAGGUAGCACGUUUGGAGAAGAACUUCUUCCAGAGUAAGAAGGAGCUGGAGCACAUUCAGAGUGAGCUGAGUGAUAUCCAGAAAGAGUUGCAGGCUCUUGGGCAGAAGUAUGAAGCUGCUAUUGGGGAGAAACAGCUUCUACAGGAGGAGGCUGAGGUCAUGGAGAGGAGGCUGAUAGCUGCUGACAAACUCAUCUCAGGCCUGAGCUCUGAGAAUGAACGGUGGACACAAGAUUUGGAGGAGUUGAAGCAGAAGCGUGUGCGUCUCCUUGGCGACUGUCUGAUCGCUGCUGCUUUCCUGAGCUAUGAAGGAGCCUUCAGUUGGGACUUCAGGAAUGAAAUGGUGUAUCAAGUAUGGGUCAAGGAUGUGCAAGAGAGAGGAAUCCCACUGAGCCAGCCUUUCAAAGUGGAAACUCCUCUCACUGAUGAAGUAGAAAUCAGCAGAUGGGGCUCAGAGGGUUUGCCUCCAGAUGAGCUGUCAAUCCAGAAUGGGAUCCUCACGACCAGAGGGAGCCGCUUUCCUCUGUGUAUCGAUCCUCAGCAGCAAGCCCUAAACUGGAUUAAGAAGAAGGAAGAAAAUAAUAACCUCAAGAUCUCGUCCUUAAAUGAUCCAGACUUCCUGAAGCAGCUAGAGAUGGCUGUCAAAUAUGGUUUUCCAUUCCUAUUCCAAGAUGUGGACGAGUACAUCGACCCUGUGAUCGACAAUGUCCUGGAGAAGAAUGUAAAAGGAGGAGAGGGCAGACAGGUCAUCAUGCUGGGUGACAAGGAGGUGGACUAUGAUCCCAACUUUAAACUGUAUCUCACCACCAAACUGGCCAACCCAAAGUAUUCCCCAUCAGUGUUUGGAAAAUCCAUGGUCAUAAACUAUACCGUGACUCUUAAGGGUCUGGAGGACCAGCUGUUGAGUGUUAUCAUGGGCUUUGAGAAAAAGGAGCUGGAGGAGCAGCGUGAGCGUUUGAUCCAAGAGACGAGUAACAAUAAGAAGCUGCUAAAAAACCUUGGAGACUCCCUGCUCAGAGAGUUGGCCACGUCUACAGGCAACAUACUGGAUAACACAGAGCUGGUUCACACACUGGAGGAAACAAAGACAAAAUCCAGCGAGGUCUUUGAGAAACUGAAGUUGGCGGAGAAGACAGCCAUGGACAUUGAUAAACUCAGAGAUAGUUACCGACCUGCUGCCAAGCGCGGUGCUAUUCUUUUCUUUGUCCUGACAGAAAUGUCUCUGGUGAAUAGCAUGUACCAGUACUCUCUCGCCUCCUACCUGGAGGUGUUUGACUUUUCACUGCGCAAAUCUCUGUCCGACCCUGUUCUGCCUCAAAGACUGAAGAACAUCAUGAGCACACUGACGUAUAGUGUUUAUAACUAUGGCUGCACAGGUCUGUUUGAGAGACACAAGCUGCUCUUUUCUUUUAACAUGACCAUCAAGAUUGAGCAGGCAGAGGGGAGAGCUCUUCAGGAAGAGCUGGAGUUCUUUAUCAAAGGUAAUCUGUCCCUGGAAAAGAGCAAGCGCAAAAAGCCAUGUGACUGGCUUCCAGACCAGGGCUGGGAAGACAUCGUCAAACUCACGCAGCUUUUUCCUGAGCAGUUUGGCUCUCUGCCUGAUGACGUGGAGAUCAAUUCUACUGACUGGAAGACUUGGUAUGACUUAGACGGCCCAGAACAGGCUCCAAUCCCCAUGAGAUAUGAGGAGAAGCUGUCCGCCUUCCAGAAGCUGCUGCUGCUGCGCUGCUUCCGCGUUGAUAGAGUCUACAGAGCUGUGACCGACUACGUCACUGUCACCAUGGGCGAGAAAUAUGUGCAGCCCCCUGUGAUCAGCUUUGAUGCAAUCUAUGAACAGAGCACACCAUUUUCCCCCAUCAUCUUCAUCCUGAGUCCUGGCUCUGACCCAGCCAGUGACCUGAUGAAACUAGCUGAGAGAUCGGGCUUUGGGGGCAGCAAGUUCAAGUUUCUGGCUAUGGGUCAAGGCCAAGAGAAGGUAGCGCUGCAGUUACUUGAAAGUGCCGUGUCCCGUGGUCAGUGGUUGAUGCUACAGAACUGCCACCUGCUGGUAAAGUGGCUCAAGGAACUGGAAAAAUCAUUAGAGAGGAUCAUCAAGCCCAAUCCCAACUUUCGCUUGUGGAUCACCACCAACCCGAUCAAGGAUUUCCCCAUCGGAAUCCUGCAAAAAUCUCUAAAGGUAGUGACAGAGCCUCCCAAUGGACUCAAGCUCAACAUGAGAGCGACAUACUCCAAAAUCUCCCACAAGACCUUGACUGAAUGUCCACACGCUGCGUUCCGCAGCCUGGUGUAUGCGCUGGCUUUCUUCCACGCUGUGGUGCAAGAGAGACGCAAAUACGGCAAGAUUGGCUGGAAUGUCCCGUAUGACUUCAACGAGUCUGAUUUCUUUGUUUGUAUGGAGAUCCUGAAAACCUACCUGACCAAAUCACACCAGCAGGGAGACAGCGAUAUUCCCUGGGGUAGUCUUAAAUAUCUUAUUGGGGAGGUAAUGUACGGCGGACGGGCCAUUGAUAGCUUUGACCGCAGGGUCCUGACCGUCUACAUGGACGAGUAUUUUGGAGAUUUCCUCUUCUACACCUUCCGGCGCUUCCACUUUUUCAACAACAAGGAUGUCGAUUACAAGAUCCCUCUCAAUGGGCCCAAGAAAACAUAUGUUGAUGAGAUUGAGAAGCUGCCACUGUCCAAUACACCAGAGGUGCUGGGCCUUCAUUCUAAUGCUGAGAUAGGAUACUACACACAGGCAGCAAAAGACAUGUGGACUCACCUCAUCGACCUGCAACCUCAGACAGGUGAAUCUGGUGGAAGCAUCAGUCGGGAUCAGUACAUCAGCCAGGUGGCCCAGGACAUUCAGAACAAGCUUCCAAAGUUAUUUGACAUGGACGUGAUCCGUAAAAAGUUUGGCUCAGACAUUUCCCCGACCUCAGUGGUGCUGCUACAGGAACUGGAACGCUUCAACAAGCUUGUGGUUCGCAUGCAGCGCUCUCUGGCCGAGCUGCAGAGGGCUCUGGCGGGUGAGGUGGGUAUGAGCAGUGAGUUGGAUGAGGUCGCUCAGGCCCUUUUUAACGGUCAUAUACCUGUCAUUUGGAAGAAGCUGGCGCCUGAUACGCUCAAGUCACUCGGCAACUGGAUGAGCCAUUUUAAGAGGCGUUAUGAUCAGUACAGCUGCUGGGUGGAUGAAGGAGAGCCAAAGGUCAUGUGGUUGUCAGGACUUCAUAUCCCAGAAUCCUACCUGACUGCUCUGGUCCAAGCUGCAUGCAGGAAAAAUGGCUGGCCCCUGGAUCUUUCCACACUCUACACAAAAGUGACUCAGUACCGCAGUGAGGAAGAAGUCUCUGACAGACCUGGACAGGGCUGUUAUGUGUCUGGUCUGUAUCUGGAGGGAGCAGACUGGGACAUGGAGAAGAGCUGCUUAGUGAGGAGUAAACCAAAAGCCCUGGUUGUUGAAAUGCCCGUUCUCAAAGUCAUUCCCAUAGAGACUCGUCAUCUCACGCUCCAGAAUACGCUGCGGACGCCGGUGUACACCACGUCCCUGCGGAGGAAUGCGAUGGGUGUGGGUCUGGUGUUUGAGGCGGACCUGUUCACCACUGUGCACAUCUCCCACUGGGUGCUGCAGGGAGUCUGUUUAUUGCUCAAUGCUGACUAAACACUGUGUACCGUCAUGUGUCAAUGAUGCUGUAUGUCUGCUUAUUCAUGGAAAUAAUGAAAAUUAUUAAUGAUUAGAUGAAACAUGUUUGUAAAAAAUAAAUUAUUUCAGUCGUUUAAAAAAGUCA